UUCGGAUGGUUUCGUGCAUUCGCACAUUAGUGCGCUCGCUCCAUGCCUAGACUAACCAGCUUCGGGCGGGUGGGAAACAAUCGAGCCGGAACGCUGGAGGAGGUUGCGAAGAUGACGAAUGGUGACGCGCUGGACGACUGACUGGGUUGGCGAAGCAGCAAAAUCACUAUUCCGUGCGGUAAUAUUAAUCAGAUCGCUAGUGCCAGCGCCAGUAGACGUCGGUGGUGACGGUUGCGUGCGUGAGCGAAGGCCAAGGCGAUUCCUGGGAGACAACGCAACGGCGAACGGUGCAUUAAAUCAGCGACCACAGUGGCCACUCGUUGGGCAAGUUUACUAGCUGUGAAUGUGUGAGUGUCCAUGUGUGUGUGUGUGUGAAAGGUGAUAUGGUUUACUUCCUGUUGUUUGGACAUUGCUUUGCGUUGUUUGAAAACAAACGGAACAAAACAGUUGAUUAAACGGUCGUCGUCGGCUGCAACAAAGAGAAACAGAGAGCGAAAGAGGAAGAGAGCAAGUGUUGACAAGUGUUUGUACGGGUCGUUUGUUAUCUCCACAUAACCGAUAACAACGGUUUCAUCACGAGGAAUCCACAUCGAUUUCGUGAAGAAAAGAUAAAAGACUUCAACGCACCGCGACCGGUGCCAAGCGACGAACCCUCGAUUUUGUGAUAAGCAAAACGCAUAAUAGGGGCACUAAACACUGCCAUGGUGACCAAUUCCCGCUUGUCAGGCGUGAGGAGUGAGGCAUUUGAUAAAUUCCGCGACCCAGAAGCCACCGGUCAGGGUUUGCGGUUCGCAGCUGCUUCCUAUCACCGUCGAUGUCGUUACGAGCACCGUACGGCCGCUCGGUAACCGGAUACCUUUUGCUUGUGGUUCAGCCGCCUCCAAUACAUUCGCACCGCACGUGUUCCGGAUCGAUCGAUCGAUCGCCGAGGAUUCGGGAGCUCCGUUCGUGAAAGUUGUGACGCGAUUUCUGCGGCCGAGGCCUUUGCAAAUGAGUGCGUGACCGGUUUAUGUGUGGCGCGAUGACGUGCACGAUGCCAGCAUACUGAUGAUGAUCACCGUUGCCGCUGCUGCUGCUACUGAUGUGUGUGUGCUUGCGUAGUGCAUCUUUGCGGUGCAAUUGAGUGACUUGGUUUGAUGCGAGAUGCUCGCCCCCCCCGGGGCCUGUGAUUAGCGCGAACGACAGCGAACGGCCAUUCCCGGGGGAGAAAGUUGUUGUCAAGAAUUUUUGCGAAAGUAUACCCUAGUGUGUGUGCGUUAGUGGUGGUGUGUGAGAACGUGGCGGUGGGUGUUUUGGCGUGUGAAAAUGUUUUCCAGGCUAUGCAAAAACACCAUCUUCCCGACGGGAGUCAAUCAAAGCCAGCAGCAACCAGCCACGACGUCGCACCGGAGCACCACGAGCUCGGAUGGCAUCGGAACACCGUCAACGGUAGGAGGUGGUGCGGCAGGUACGACGACGGGAACAUCCCAAUCAACGAACGGCUCAUCGACGUCGAGCGUUAGGCAACCUCCACCAUCAUCAUCGUCACUGCCGGUGAGCGUAGGCGAAGGAGGAGGAGGAGGAGAAGUAGGAGGCUCGGUAGCAGUUGUAGCAGCGGCCAUCGCUGCCGAUCGACGUCGACGUCGUCAACAGCAGCAGCAGCAGCAACAGCAACAACAGCUCGCUGGACGUAAUCUCCCAUCGCUGCCGGUUGCGGCGACGAGAUCUCGUGGUCCGAUAAGGGCUCCGGAACCACCGCCACCGUACUGGGCGCACUACGCACACCGACCGGUUCCGGCGACGGUACCACCUGCGGUAGCCGGAGCCGCGGGCCCAAACGUCGCUAGAAUCGGUGGAGCAUCAUCAUCAGCAUCGGCAGCAGGAGCGGCUGCUGCUGCACCGGCUGCGGCUGAGGCUGCGGCUGUCGGUUCGAGUGGUGGUGGUGCUGGGCACAACUCAGCCACGACCACCGACGACAGCGACACCAGCAAUGACAGACCCCGUGCCCAUCGCGAUAGAUCAACGACGUCCCGUGAGCGAUCUUCGGCCUUUGGUGGCAGCGGCAUUGACGGAGCUCCCGGCGCGGCUAUCGUUGCGCAUCGUGGUGGACGCAGUGAAGUCGCCACAAGCCGGCAUCUACGCUAUAACGUGCAGCAGCGACAGCGCAUCAAGGAGCAUUUGCUAACUCACGAUGCCUUUUGUCCGGAUUUGGUGCGUAACUGUAAGAACAUUGCCACCGAUUCGCCGGAUCGUCAAUCAUCAGCAUCAUCAUCAUCAUCAUCGCCUGUAUCACCGGCUGAGUACGCGGAGAUCGCCGAUCUAGGCCGUAGGUUUGCCACGCACGCCACCAUCAACGUCGGUGCUUCGACGUCGUCGGCCAGAGCGGUCGUCGGCCCGGUUUCUGCCACUUCCGGCUCGACAUCACAGCCCACCGGUGCCAGUGCCGGUGGUCCGGAGACUGGCGCUGCCCCAACUAUGGGUUCCAACUUGAGUAUUCGUAGACCAAAGAUUUCACUGACGUGGGUACUGCGUGAACAGCAGCAGCAACAGCAACAGCAGCACCAGGGAGGCCGCGAUGGAGCCUCGUCCAGUAAUGGACAGGCCCAGCACCAUAAUCAGCCAACGGGCGCUACGGUUACGGUUGGGGCUGCAUCACCAAUGGCAGUCACGACCGCCAAACCAUCCCAAGGAAGUGGAUAUACUAGCUCACCUGCUGGAGUACCACCGACGUCGGUUAGCAGUAUCGAAGGUUCACUCGAGGUACCUAGCGGUGGUGUUCCACCGCACACGUUUGUGAAUGGCACGGGCCAACAAAGCAAUGGUCACCGCCACACCCAUCACCAUCAUGUGAUCGUGAGGAAAAAAUCACGAACUCGGAGCAAGGAGCGACUGUUUAGCGAAAAGUACGUCAGCGAUAACAACCUGUCGGAGUAUCACAGCGAAAAGCGCGAGCGAGUUGUCGGGACGACGUACGCGAACGAUUACACAGCGACACCCUCCGCGGCAGCCGGUGGAAAUGGAACCACCAAUCUGUACCGGAAAAGCAACCGGAAGAAUAGUGAUCGAUUGAAGAAGAAGGAGCGACUGUUGCUGUAUGCGAAUGGUGGUGCGGUCGAUCCGGUUGGGGCCGCGUUUCACAACAACAACAACCAGCACGCGGUUAAUCUUAACAAAGAUCCAGAAGGAAAGGAGAAAGUGGCGGUCGCUCUGAAGAACACCCAUUCGGAGCCAUCGCUCUACACGACGGUGUCGGAACCGUCGGCCUCAACGAAGCAUCGGCACCAUCGGCACCAUCACCAUCGGCGACGACGGGAACGCUAUCGGUCGCAGCGGUUUGGCUACGAGAUCAGCAACGUGGACGAGUUCCUGUCCAAGUGUUCGCUGUCGUCUCCCGGUAAUAUUCCGGUGGUGCUGUCGUCGGCGGCCACGCUCUACCAAACGCGACCCGGUAGCUACCAGAUCGAAAUACCGCUUCCACUCGGCAUGGUGGUGAAUGCGGUCUUUAAGAACCAGAACUGGCUCUACGUACAGACACCGCACGCCGAGGAGGGCUACGUGGCGUACGAUACCUGUCUACCGUUGGGUAUAUUGCCUUCAAACCAAAGAUCGACAUCCAGCUCGAAGCCUACGCCAUGCUGGGAGACGAAUAAGGACGUGUUUCCGAAACUGUGCGGUAAUCUGACGGACAGUGAGAAGGAGAUCCAGCAGCUCCGUGGUGGCACGCGAUCCGAGGGCAGGCGAACCCCUCGGCUUAAGCGAAGUAGUACCAACAGCCGUAGUGCCGCCUCGAUAACCGCGUGUAACAGUGAGCGGGAUCUGGACUCACUGUACCUCAGGACCGUGGCCUCUAAUUUACCGAAGGUGGCCGACGGUCAGGCACAGUACGCUCAGCUGAAGCUAACUACCAAGGUUCUUCACUCAGUGGCGCCGACGGUAAAGUCGGAAAAGGCAUUGGCGAUCGAGCAGCUGGAGAAGCUGAUCUGCUCCGGCAGUGGAGAUUACGUGCAUCUGCUCAAGCAACAGCAGAAACAUCUUCUACACAAACAGCAGCAGGUGCUACAGCAAAUACGCCAACAACAGCAGCAGCAACAGCAACACCAUUUCAGCAGCAAACCGUUGGAACUGACCGGUGCAGCGGUCGAGCGGGGCUCGGUGUGCAGCGGCAAUCAUCAAGGGACCAAAGUGUAUGGCAGUGGAACGAAUCAUCUACGCAUAGCGCUAGGAGGGGGUUCCACCGGUGCACCGAUGUCUGUCGGUGGUCCCGUAACACCCGCUCUGGCCGCAGCGGUGGCUACGGCUGCCGUACGGCAAACUUUGCUCGCCAUCACGGACAACUACUGCUCGGAAGCACUCAACGUGCACAAGGGCGAUGUGGUAACGUUGCUCGCUUGCAAAGAGUAUCAGGAGAAGGGCCUGAAGAACUACAAGCAAUGGUUCUUCGUGCGUACCAGAGACGGCCACGAAGGAUACAUACCGGCCGAGGCGGCUGGUCACGGAUUUCUCUAGACGAGAGACUGAUGAUAAUGGGAGAGCGAUGAAGUAUGAAAAAAAGAAUAUGGUUCCAGUAGGAAUCCAACGGUAGUCGUGCUGUAGAUAGUAUAAGCGUUAAUGUUUAACCAAAUGAUAUUUAAAAUAAAAUUGAAUUCGUGAAUUCGC